AUGAUCUGUGGGCGCGCCCAGGCCGUCACGCGCCCUCAGCAGCCUCUCACGCCCACCGCUCCCCGCCCCGCCUUCUCCCUGGGACUGACCAGCACUGUUGGGACCACAUCCUUGCCUACACUGGGACCACAUCCCUGCCCACGCUGGGACCACAUCACAGCCCACACUGGGAUCACAUCACUGCCCACACAGGGAUCACAUCACUGCCCACACUGGGAUCACAUUACUGCCCACACUGGGAUCACAUCCCUGCCCACACUGGGAUCACAUCACUGCCCACACUGGGAUCACAUCCCUGCCCACACUGGGAUCACAUCCCUGCCCACACUGGGAUCACAUCACUGCCCACACUGGGAUCACAUCCCUGCCCACACUGGGAUCACAUCACAGCCCACACUGGGAUCACAUCACUGCCCACUCUGGGAUCACAUCACUGCCCACACUGGGAUCACAUCCCUGCCCACACUGGGAUCACAUCCCUGCCCACACUGGGAUCACAUCACAGCCCACACUGGGAUCACAUCACUGCCCACACAGGGAUCACAUCACUGCCCACACUGGGAUCACAUCCCUGCCCACACUGGGAUCACAUCGCUGCCCACACUGGGAUCACAUCCCUGCCCACACUGGGAUCACAUCACUGCCCACACAGGGAUCACAUCACUGCCCACACAGGGAUCACAUCACUGCCCACACUGGGAUCACAUCACUGCCCACACUGGGAUCACAUCUCUGCCCACACUGGGACCACAUCCCUGCCCACGCUGGGACCACAUCACAGCCCACACUGGGAUCACAUCACUGCCCACACUGGGACCACAUCCCUGCCCACACUGGGACCACAUCCCUGCCCACGCUGGGACCACAUCACAGCCCACACUGGGAUCACAUCCCUGCCCACACUGGGACCACAUCCCUGCCCACACUGGGACCACAUCCCUGCCCACACUGGGACCACAUCCCUGCCCACACUGGGAUCACAUCACAGCCCACACUGGGAUCACAUCCCUGCCCACACAGGGAUCACAUCACUGCCCACACAGGGAUCACAUCACUGCCCACACUGGGAUCACAUCACUGCCCACACUGGGACCACAUCCCUGCCCACGCUGGGACCACAUCACAGCCCACGCUGGGACCACAUCACAGCCCACACUGGGAUCACAUCCCUGCCCACACUGGGACCACAUCCCUGCCCACACUGGGACCACAUCCCUGCCCACACUGGGACCACACUGGGACCCUGCCCACACUGGGAUCACAUCCCUGCCCACACUGGGAUCACAUCCCUGCCCACACUGGGAUCACAUCACUGCCCACACUGGGAUCACAUCACUGCCCACACUGGGAUCACAUCCCUGCCCACACUGGGAUCACAUCACAGCCCACACUGGGAUCACAUCCCUGCCCACACUGGGACCACAUCCCUGCCCACACUGGGAUCACAUCCCUGCCCACACUGGGAUCACAUCCCUGCCCACACUGGGAUCACAUCCCUGCCCACACUGGGAUCACAUCCCUGCCCACACUGGGCUUGUCGCGCUGCUUGGCAAGGAAAAUGGUCUUAUUUGA